GGCACCCCCACUAACUAAACCUCGAUACCACCCUCUAGAACUUGCCUUGCUUUGCAAACUGGAAUUACAUAAAGCUUUUCUGUAAUUCGGGAACACCUGCCACUAAUGGCCGCCGCUGUUUCUUAUGCGUCAAGCUGGGCGCUUCAGUUGAGAUUCGCCAACAUACCAAAUCACAGUGGCAGUCCUCUGGUGAAAUUGUCGCCCAAUUUCUCUUCAAACCUUCGCAGAUUGUCUCUCCCCUUUCUUAGCUGCAAUCCGACCAAGUUUCGGCACCCUCUUCCUCCCAAGGCUUCAGUUGAGAGCUUGGAGUAUGUAAUUGAGCCAGGCACCAAAGUGAAAUUCCCAAAGGAUUUGAAUGUUCCAGGUUGCACAGAGUCUCUGGUUUUACUUGGCACAGGUUUCAGAGAGAAAACCUUCGCAAUUAUUGGUGUUAAAGUAUAUGCUGCAGGAUUCUAUACUAAAUCUUCUAUUAAGCUGACUUUGGAUGCUUUGAAAGGAAAACCUGCUGGCACUGUUUUGGAGGAUUCAUCACUUUUUAAGUCAGUUUACCAAGCUCCGCUGGAUAAGUCCCUUUGGAUAAUACUUGUUCGACAUGUUGAUGGCCAGACCUUUUGGAAUGCCCUGAACGAUGUUAUCUCCCCAAGGAUAAAAAAACCCACAGCUGUUGAUGAAUCUGCAUUAUCAACUUUCAGAAAUACAUUUCAAGGUCGUGAUCUUAUGCAGGGGACCUCAAUUUUUUUGACCUGGACUCAGCAUUCAAAUAUGCUGGUUUCUAUUUCUUCUGAUGGAUUUCCUACUGAAGUUGAUGCUAAAAUUGAAUCACCAAAUGUCACAUUGGCCCUUUUUGAUGCAUUUUUUGGAGAUUCUCCAGUUUCCCCUACGUUGAAGGUAUCGGUGGCUGAUGGACUAGCAAAAUAUUUAUCUUAAAUUCACAAUCGAGUAAAUUUGAUUGUACUCUUUAUGCGUAAUAUUUUUUAUUAAGAUUCAGAAUAUGAGUUUAUCUUGACAAUAUUGAAUUUUCUGUUCUUGUUUUAUACUUCAUUGUUAGUACCUUCAAUUUU